AUGAAAUUUGCAGUUUUUGCUUUAUUUGCAGCUUUGUGCUUGGUCGCUGUCAAUACCAGUGCCGUUGGCUUUACCGAUGACUUCCCCACCGACUUUGUGCCCAGCGAUUUUGCCGAUGAUGAAUUUGUUGACAUUGAGGAGUACCACAUUUUCAGCACCUUCUGGUGGAUUACCAAGGCCGCUUUGAGAACCUUGAAGGGUGUCAACUGUUCCAUUAAACAGGUGAUGAAAAUCAAAGAUGCUGCCUUGAACUUCUUGCCCAGCAUUCAUGGUUGUGGUGCUGAUGCUACCAAGGCUUACGCCAAUGUCAUUACCACCACCCAAAAUGUUAUCAGCACCUGCAAUGCAAUCAUCCAAACUAACGAACAAGCCUGUUUUACCACUUUGUUGAAACAAUUCUACACCUUGAACAAACAAAUUAAGGCCGUUAAGACUGCCAUCAAGAAGGUACCCUCGAUUCCCUCGGAUGCUGCCGAUUGUGCCAAUCAAGCUGUCAACGUCAUUUGA